AUGCCGUUGUUGUCCCGAAAGAACAAGCACUCCAAUGAGGGCAUGAACGAUACAGAGCGCAUGGCCGAGCAAGGACGUCGUGCGGCCGAGAACCAUAUGGAUCGCAAUGCUGGCAAUAACGACUCGACCAUGAACAAUCCUUUGCCUGGCCAAGGACAACAAGACCCACGGUUUGCUCAGCAGAACAUGGGUCAGCAGGGCCCCCAGGGCCAAGACCCUUCCAACCACAAUAACUCUUCCACCGGGGCCUCUGCAGGCGCCGGUGGGGCCAUUCCACCUGCCUCCUCCGUGAACCGCAACCAAGGCCAUGGUGGUGGACACUCGACGAUGGGUAAGGUCGAGAGCGCCAUCGGCUCCAUGGUCGGCUCCAACGCUCUCAAGGCCAAGGGCAUGCAGAAGCAACAGGAAGCAAACUCUAUUCAGCUACAGAGCCAAGAGCUCGCCGAAGCGGAGCGUCUCGAACGCGAAGCGCUCAUGCGACGCGAGCGUGCGGUUGCCCAUGGCGCACACCCGCAGAAUAAGCACCUCGGUGGCGACGCGAAUGCUGCCGUUCUUCAACCAGGAACUGGAGGUGACAUGAGUGGCGCAGGAACGCGCGGUUUCGAUCAGCAGGGUGGCGUCACUGGUGCUGGGUACGGUGCUCAGGCAGGCAAUACGGGGUACGGCGCCCCUGGAGGUGCUCCAGGUGCCGGCGGUAUGGGCCCUCGAGUGUAG